UGCCGCCCCCCGGCCGUCACCGCCGUCUCGCCCCACAGCCCGGGCCGCAGCCGAAGCCUCAUCCACCUCCUGCACGUUGUGCGCGCUCCGCAGCUGCCCUGAGCCCCCAGUCUGAGCCCCGCAAACUUUGGGGUCUGGGUGUGCACCCCGCGGCCCCAGCCCCUCUGCCCGCGGGGGCCCCGGACUCCCUCUGGACAAAGUCUCCCGGCGCGCGCGGGGAGGAGGGGAGGAGCAGCAGCAGCAGCAGCAGCAGGAGAAGCCGGAGCCUGAGCCGGAGCCUGAGCCGGAGCAGCAGCAGCAGCAGCAGCAGCAGCAGCGUGCCUUCGGUGGGGCCGGGGCUGGCCCUGCGCUUGCUUCACCCCCUCCCCUGGCCCAGCCAGCCGGCCCGCCGAAGUAAGGGAACCCGGCCACAAGCGCCACAGGGAGUGGAGCCGCUGGGUCGGAAUUGACCGGAGCCCCUUCUUUGCCUGCACCCCGCAGGCUUCUUCCCGCCGCUUCCUUCUGAACUCCCUUUCUGGGGCUCCUUUCUGCCUCCUCCCUGCCGGCCCCCCGCGUGGCGCGCGGUGUUUUUGUCUUCGUGGAAGAUGACGGCGCCUUGGGUCACUUUCGCCCUGCUUUGGGGAUCGCUUUGCGCAGGCCCAGGGCGUGGGGAGGUUGAGACCAGGGAAUGCAUCUACUACAAUGCCAACUGGGAACUGGAGAAGACAAACCAGAGUGGUCUGGAACGUUGUGAGGGGGAGAAGGACAAGCGCCUUCAUUGCUACGCCUCAUGGAGGAAUAGUUCUGGUACCAUUGAGCUCGUGAAGAAGGGCUGCUGGUUGGAUGACUUCAAUUGCUAUGAUAGGCAGGAAUGUGUAGCCACCGAAGAGAACCCCCAGGUCUUCUUCUGUUGCUGUGAGGGGAACUUCUGCAAUGAAAAGUUCACGCACUUACCCGAGGUCACCAACCCUGAAGUUACCUAUGAGCCACCCUCAACUGUCCCUCUACUCACAGUCCUUGCAUAUGCCUUGCUGCCUAUCGGAGGCCUCUCUCUGGCCAUUGUCAUUGCAUUUUGGAUGUAUAGGCACCGAAAACCUCCCUACGGUCAUGUGGAUGUCAAUGAGGACCCAGGUCCUCCACCACCUUCACCACUUGUUGGCCUGAAGCCACUGCAGCUGCUGGAGAUCAAGGCCCGGGGACGUUUUGGCUGUGUCUGGAAGGCUCAGCUUAUGAAUGACUAUGUAGCAGUGAAGAUUUUUCCAUUACAGGACAAGCAGUCCUGGCAGAGUGAACGGGACAUCUUCAGCACACCAGGCAUGAAACAUGAAAACCUGCUCCAGUUCAUUGCAGCAGAAAAGAGAGGUUCCAACCUGGAGGUGGAGCUGUGGCUUAUCACAGCCUUCCAUGACAAGGGUUCUCUCACAGAUUAUUUGAAAGGGAACAUUGUUACUUGGAAUGAGCUGUGUCAUGUAGCUGAGACCAUGUCCCGAGGCCUGUCCUACCUGCAUGAAGAUGUGCCCUGGUGCCGAGGAGAGGGGCACAAGCCAGCCAUUGCCCACAGGGAUUUCAAGAGCAAGAAUGUCUUACUGAAGAGCGACCUCACAGCUGUCCUGGCUGACUUUGGACUGGCUGUGCGGUUUGAACCAGGAAAGCCUCCAGGCGACACCCAUGGGCAGAAUACCUGGGGGCUGGACCUUGGGCAAAGGGUAGGAACCAGGCGGUACAUGGCCCCUGAGGUGCUGGAGGGAGCAAUCAACUUCCAGAGAGAUGCUUUCCUGAGGAUUGAUAUGUACGCAAUGGGGCUGGUACUGUGGGAGCUGGUGUCUAGAUGCACAGCUGUGGAUGGGCCUGUAGAUGAGUACAUGUUACCUUUUGAGGAGGAGAUUGGUCAACAUCCAUCCCUGGAAGACCUGCAGGAGGUGGUGGUGCAUAAGAAGAUGCGUCCCGCCUUCAAGGAUCAUUGGUUGAAGCAUCCUGGAUUGGCACAGCUUUGUGUGACGAUUGAGGAGUGCUGGGACCAUGAUGCGGAGGCCAGACUCUCUGCGGGCUGCGUGGAGGAACGCGUGUCCUUGAUCCGCAGAUCUGUCAAUGGCACUACCUCGGACUGCCUCGUCUCCCUCGUGACAUCUGUCACCAAUGUGGACUUGCCCCCCAAAGAGUCGAGUAUCUAAGUCCUGGGUCCUGUUUGUAUUUCCAGACUCAGUGAAUUUGAAGAAGAAAAAAGUUAAAAACAACAAAAAAGAACCAUAAAACCAACGAACACAUGAAUGCAGCUGCUAUUUUAUCUUGACCUUUUUAUUAUUAUUAUUAUAAUUAUUAUUAUUAUUAUUGUUAUUUUUUGAUUGGAUCAAUUUUUACCAGCAUAUUGUUCUACUGUAUUGAAAACAAUGGACAUCUCAGCAAGCAUUCAGGUCCCGACUCAUGAAUGCAGAAAUGGUGUCCGUGCCGCAGAACCUCAACAACCUCGUUUUCCGUUUGUGAUUCAGUUUUUUAGGUUUUUCUUUGUUGGUCUGUUUUCUCCGCAGAACAUCCAUGACACAAAGAAACCCAUCCCCCAUCUUAGGAAACAUAAUGCUGCAAACUUUGGAGGAAACUUUAAAAGACUGUUACAAAAGACACCUUUCUCAGAAAAAGGUGUUCCUUCCCCAGUCCGCCCUUCCACAAUCCCCCACCCCCUUAAAAAAUUUUUUUCUUUUCCCUUUUUAGACAGCUUCAAAAACAGCAGAUGUGUCUUUUACGGAUCUAACGGGUGUCAUUGUAAUGGAGGAAGAACCAGGAAGAGUUCUUGGGAUGUGGGGGUUGAAAGGAGGAGGUUGGUGCUGGGGGUGGGCUAAGGAAGGGGGCGACGUUGGACUUGGCAGCAUUUGGAGAAACAUCAUUUGUUAUGGAGCUACUUCUCAGGUAAUCAGUGAAUGAGGGGAAGGACAUUUUGGACACGGAGCAUUCAUAGCAAACACAGAAUCUAGAGAAGGCAUGUCAGGAAGCCCCAACUGUUCUUUGAGUACACAGGCAACGUUAAUUCUUACUUCUUCCAUCGUCUUAGACUUGAAUAUAAGAUGGGGUGGGAAGUAAAAGGAAAACAGAUUUCUCUCCUUCCUCUACUCCAACCAGCUUCCAGAUAAAAUUCACUCUCAUUUGAGAAAUUUAAUUUUUUCCUCUUGUAAAAUAAAUAAUCAUGAAUAGUUAUUAACCAAACGUAAUCUUUUAAAAAGGAAAACCCUUCUUUUAGUUCACUGUUUUUCCUUAAAAUGGAUAAAUUGAAGGGGCCUUGCCUCCUCCUGGAGCAGUUCAAGGAAUAACCCGCCAGGGUUGAAUAAUGGCACAGCCUGAACAAUUACUUAAGACCAUUAAAAGAAAUACGAUAAAAUUGCUAGCUCUUUAAGGAGAGAUUUUUAUCUGGAGGGAGGGAGAAUGACCUGGGCCUUUGGCCAAGGACUGCAGGACUACUUCAGCACCCAGGAAACAUCAGGAUGACAACAGCUUGGUGAGGGGGUGGGGGAAUGGUGUGUGACUUAAAAGCAGCCACCAUGAUGAUUUUUAACAUCUUUUUUUCAAGUGGCUUGUUGAUAUGGCUUUCUCUAAACUCUGUGAUGAAACUUUGUCUUAAAGUGGUGCAUAUCUUAAAUACCGUUAUUCUAUUAUGCCAUAAAUUUGCUCUAGUCAGUGAAUGUUCCUAAUGCUGCUGAUUCAACAUUUAAAUAUUUUUUAAUUUGCAAAACAUGCAGUGUUUUAAAACACACAUGCAUACACACACACACACACACA